UCGAAGGAAGCACGUUUGUAAGUGUUCUUUACAUCAACAAAACAAGUGGUGUUAGUAAAAAAAACUGGUUUCACCUUAUUAUACUCAUUGCACUUUAAAUUUCUUUUUAAAAUCAUGAGCAAUUCAGAAAAAAACGUAAUAUCAAGCACUGUUCUGUUGGAACCGAGAAAAGAAACCGAAAAUAAACAUCUAUACGAACCUUCAAAGGUCUCGUAUCUGCAGGAUCAGGUACCACAAGAGAUUGUCAUUAAAAUCUUCAGCUAUUUUGACAUCAAGGAAUUGGUGAAACUAGCGGCUGUGUGUAGGUCUUGGCGAGAUUUGAUCCACGGCACGCCUCGGUUUUGGUGGAAAGCCUACCUGACGCUCCCUUGUUGGCGACAACGGAAGCUUAGAAAAAACGUUUACUCGUACGCUGCGUUGUACGGAAACCGAUGCCGGGAUUUAGUAAUCAGCUGCGAACACCGUUACGUAAAUGUCGCCUGCUGUGAAAAACUAGCCAUAUAUUUGCGGAACCUAUUGCAUCUUUUACAUCCGACAACUUUGACGUCAUUUAAAAUAAAUGACGCGCGGUUGGUUUGCGGAAAACCUUCCGUUAGGUCCAGUGUCAUUAAAAUUCUGAUAGGCAUGCUGUCCAGAUUUGACCGUCUACAAUGUUUCGCGAUGCCUUUUGCGAAAUUUUUUUACACGGAAGGCAUUAAGGUGCUCAAAACAGUAACUUCAGCGUCCAAAGAAACUCUGCAAUCGUUACUAAUUGAAGGCUUUUUCCAUACACCUAACGAAAUAAUUAUGGAAGAACCUGUAAGUUUUGAUGACGUGACCAAAGGCAUCCUCUCUCUCAACAACUUGAAAAAGCUGGGGAUCGACUUCUUUGUUCUGACAGAUGAUUUCGUCAAUGCGCUGUGUACCUCAAGUGCUAAGUUAGAAAAAUUGAAAAUUAAUUCAAGCUACAUCACAUUUUCUACAAAGAAUAUAUCGCAAAUAUCGUGGUUAAAUUUGACCAAAGCAUUUCCAAAAAUGAAGGUUGAGAUUUCUAUUACUAGUAUAGUUGAGUUCCCAACUAUUUCCAUCCCCGUUGUAUUGGAACCAGUGUUACCCAUCAGCAAGAUCCGGUUGGACAUUCGAAAAAAUUACCACCCCAAUGAUGAACCGAAUAUUGGGGCUGUGCUGCGACAUAUCUCGACCCACUUCAGUCGAAGUCUGGUUAAAUUUGAGAUGGACAUAGAUAAUCGCGACCACCCGAUUGACGAAGUCUUAAAGAUAUUUGUCCAGAGCUGUCCACAUCUGCUGCAUCUAACGGUCUCGGCUCACUUUGCAAGUCCACAUACGCAGCAACAUGUUCUGGACCUGAUACAAGCCAGAAGACUACAACAGUGCAAAUAUCCACGCAAGCCCCGGUCCCAGAUUCGAGAACCCCCACAGGUUAGGUCCUUCAGUGAGAGUCCAGAUUAGAGGCCAAGUCUAGUGAACUAACACUGUCAAUAUGUUGGCCUAGACACCCGGAGAAAAAAUAUAAUUUAUGUUUAAAAUAUGUUAACCAGCAGUAAUAACUUUCCAUCAUGAAAUACUUAAGGGAAAAGAUUAUUUCCAUCUACUUACUUAUCGUUUGUGUCAACUAAUACGAUGUACAUAAGUAAUUGACAAAUAAUAAAAAUACAGCAAGUAUAAAC